GCGGCCGUGGGGGCGGGGGCUUGUGGCAUCCCUCAGACGUGGAGCCUAGGCUGCUUUUUGUGCUGUCUGUAAAUGGGACCCUGAAAAUAUUGUAAAACAACGGAUGAGAGCUUCUAUCGGUUUUUUUCUUUGCAGUUUUUAACGUAUCUAAGAGUUUUUAUAAAAUUGUAUUUUCUGAUGUUUGAAGAGCAAAAAAGCACCAUGGCUCCCUGAACUGCAAAACUACAGGAAGUGUGGCAGCCCUUCCUACCUCCAGCUUUCCUUCUUUACUGUGAUGUUCUUCUUGGGACCUUUGGUUUCGUCCUCACUGGGUUCACAGUGACCUGCCUUGGCAUCAGAGAAGAGGAAGCUGUUUGUGGAUCAGGGAGAGCCAUGGCCUUGAGCUUGUAUGUCUGUCACCUCUUCUAUAAAUUCAAAAUGUUGGUGUUUGUCACUUUGUGUUUGAUAGUGCUAUGGGCUGUGUUCAGUUACUUUGUGGACUCCAGACAGGAAAUUUCUAAAGCUAAGACCAUGGUGGAGUAUUUCAGAAAGGUAACUAACCUGGAGGACAGUCAAAAGGAAGAGAAGAUGGAAUCAACUGUGAAAGUGCCCACGGUGAAGUCAUUUCAGGGUCCCUGUCCAGCUCUAUCUCCAUACCUGCGAGGUGCCACCAAACUCACCUUCAAAGCAUCUCUCACACUAGAAGAAGUGCAAAAGGAGAACCCUCAGGUAUCCAAGGGCCGGUAUCACCCUACAGAGUGCUCAGCGUUGCAGCAUGUUGCCAUCCUCAUCCCACAUCGCAAUCGAGAGAAGCAUCUGCUGUACCUCCUGGAGCACCUCCACCCUUUCCUACAAAGGCAGCAGUUGGACUAUGGCAUCUACGUUAUCCACCAGGCAGGCAGCACCAAAUUUAACCGAGCAAAACUGCUGAAUGUAGGAUACCUAGAGGCCCUAAAAGAAGCAAACUGGGACUGCUUCAUUUUCCAUGAUGUGGAUCUGGUGCCAGAAAACGACUUUAACAUUUACAUGUGUGACAGACAACCAAAGCACCUUGUAGUUGGCAGGAACAAUACUGGAUACAGGUUACGAUACAAGGGCUAUUUUGGAGGUGUAACUGCCCUAACAAGAGAUCAGUUUUCCAAGGUGAAUGGAUUCUCUAACAACUACUGGGGUUGGGGUGGAGAAGACGAUGACCUUCGAAUCAGGGUUGAGAUGCAGCAGAUGAAAGUGGUGAGGCCGUCUGCUGAUGUAGCAAGGUACACGAUGAUCUUCCACAAACGAGACCAUGGUAAUGAGGAGAAUGGAGAAAGGAUGAAGCUUCUACGUCAGGUAUCCAGAACAUGGCAAACAGACGGGCUGAACUCAUGUUCAUAUAAACUGCUCUCAGUGGAACAUAACCCUUUGUAUGUCAACAUCACAGUGGAUUUCAGUGUGCAGGCCAAGGUCUCAUACGGAUGAGUACCACGCAGACUCUAGGAAACAGCAACAGAUCUUGAUUGUGGUGGCUGUUAACAGCAGACUCCUGGCCCUCUGCUUCAAAGAGUACUUCAGUGGCACAGAAGAAAGUCCUUCACAGCAUCUGAUUGUGCAGUUGAGAUUUUCCUCUUGUGAGGACUAGAGAGAAGGGCUGAGUCAAGGGCCAAGCCCUUGUGUUCUUUGCACUUUCUGCUGGGACACUUGCAAAUGUGUCCUUGUUUGGGCUGGUCCAGUGGAAGGACUUGAAUUAGGUCUCCUGGAAAAAAAAAAAUCUCUUCUUGGAACUAUUCCUAAAUUUCUUGUUUUAGGGGGAAGGCUGCCACCACUGCCAUGACUUCAAAAGGAACAGGCCAGUCUUUUCUUAUUAAAGCACAAGAAUCCUUCACCAACCACAAACUUGCCGAGGGUUUAACUUUUUCCAGCCAUUUAAACUUUUUCCAGCCUGAAGAAAAAUGGCUGUGUGAGGGAAGGGCAAUAAUGUACAAUGGGUGAGGAGAUGUUAAUCUCUCAAUAAAUACACUCUCUUGAAUGCAAAA